AUGCAAGACUAUCCUGAAGAAGGCGAUGGUACCAUGUCUCAGGGCCGGUUUUAUGUUGAUCCAGAGAGGGUUAUAGCACCUACAUCUACAUUUAUGCAGACAUUUGUCAAAAUACAGGCUGACCCAUUGGAAUUUUCAGGCUUUACAGAUCCAUCUGCACACUUUGCCACUCAAAUGCCUAACCCUCUUCACACCAAAUCAGGUGGCUGGUUGUGUGGAGCUACUUGGACUCCUCAAGAGACACGCAAUGAAAUUCUGCAGCAAGUUGACAUUUCACUCAAGUCAGGUGGAACCGAGAAAGUGAAAAAUGCAGGUACAAACUCUGGCAUAUGCGAUAGUACUAGUGCAUCAAUUGUUCAACAACUGCUUGCCCAGUGCAAGCAGUUGCAAAAGCGCGAAGCCGGAAAACCUGCUUUACCUGAAUCUGAAGUGUGCCAGCGACUGGAACAGGAACUUGAAACAUUACUGCGCGGUUCUAUGCUUGACAACAAUAUAAACCCAUUGUUAGGCAUGCCAGCUGUGGUUAUCCAUCAAGACACUCCCACAGAGAUUUUGCACACCGUACUGUUAGGGGUAGUAAAGAAUUUUUGGGGACAAAUAGUCUGGCUGCUUGAUAAGUCCCACUUGCUAACUACUUUGCAGACACAGCUUGAAUCCAUCAGCAAGAAUGGCCUUAAUUCAGUACAACUUGAGGCAGAAUACAUCUAUUGUUUCAAGGGCAGUCUCAUUGGCAAACAUUUCAAAAAUCUGGCCCAGAGUGUCAUUGGCAACUUGGUAGUACUUUUGUGGCACACAAAAAUAGAUCACACCAAGAAGUAUUUGAUGAGUCCCAUUACAGUUUAA